CCAAUAUUUCUCAGCUGGAGUAAAAAUAUCAGAAAUAUCUAAAUCCACGGAAGGUAUUCUGAAAAAAUCUACGCAUAGUACGGUUCCCAAACGAUGAAGUUAGACACGUUUAACCCAUUACUUAGUGGCCAUUAUAUUCUAAAUCCACUGGCGUGUUUAUUGUACGUGGUGCUCAAGGUAUUUCCACCAUUUUGUGAAUGGCUUUUCCCCGAUGAAGAGUGCCAAAUCUCGUGGGUGAGUGAGUUAAUAUAAGCUUAAGCCUGUAUUACUACAAUGGCUCAUUAAACUCCUAAAGGUUCUAUCACGAAAAACUUCUUCUUUAUCGAAUGAAGGAGAAGAAGAUUUAACGCUUCAUUUAAAACAGCGUACAUAAGAUAAGUGACUUAAAUAGACAAUUUGGACACUUUUCUUUCGUAUUAAACAUCACCCACUGUCCAUCACCAAGGAAUUGAAAAUCUUUCAAGCGAUUGAACAUAAAAUGCAGUGGUCAAAACUUUCAUUGCGUUAAAUAUCAAGGUUUCCUAAGGUUAAAUCUUUGCACAGGGAUUUCAUUCACACUGAAUCGUACAAGACUUCCGAAGCCAUGGGUGGGGAAGGUUAAGUCAAGAUGACCUCAUUUUCCUGCAGAAACUCGGCCAAAUUAGAGUAUUCUGGGAUCUAAACUUUAUACAAAGUAUCCUAAGAUAUAUCCAAAGUUAAUCUGCAGCAGAGCCAUUUCCCUAGUUUUGAUUAUUCACAAUCCCUGUACUUCACUUCUGUGGGCCCUGUGGGGGAGUGGGGUCAAAGGUAUGUCCCUAGGUCAUGUGGUGGGAGGUUAGUGCUCUUAUCACUGAGCUCUCCCUGCCUCCCCCCCAAAAUGCCCACUGUCCAGCCUCCCCUGGUGUUACUUGUUUGAUUUGAGUAAUUGUUGAACAAUCCUGUGGUCUGAACUGCCUGGAGAUGCUGGCAAUGACUUCUUACAUCACUCACAAAAGUUUAUACGAUAGGACUUGAAUAAAUAAAUGAAUAAACAAAUAAUUAAUGAUUUAGAGGUAGCACAUCUACUAAGUAGUUCUUUGUCUACCUGAUCCCUGGUUGAAUUGGAAUUUGUCCAUGUUGGUUUUUGACGAGAGUGGAAAGCCAGACUACCCGGAGAGAAAAACCUCUCAGAGCAAAGGAGGGAACCAACAAGAAGUUUACUCAACCCGUGGUGUCCAUGCCGGGAUUUGAACGUGGGCCACAAUUUGGUGGGGGAGAAUUACUCUUACCACUGAUUACCCUUGCUCCUCUGGGACUUGGUCAUAAAGCCACCAAAGGCAGUGUUGGGAUUUAAUAAGUCUGUGUUUUGAAUCACACUAAUGAUCUGUUCCAACUUUAUAUUAACAGAGGGACGUUGAGCUGUUAUCCUUUCUAGCAAUUGUCCUGGCUGUCAAGAACCGCAAGUGGAAACCAGGUAGUUAUAAAUCAUGGUUUCUUGAAAUAAUUGUACACUGUAGAAUAAAGAUCGUUUACCGUGACAUUGCUAUCAAUUGGUAGCAAAACACUGUCUAAAACUUUUUUCGUGGUUUUUCUUGGCCAAGUAUGUAACCAAAUUGAAUUUAACUAAAUAUGUACAUUGUAAUGUAAGCAAAGUUUUGAGCAAAAUUUCUUUCAUGGGGCUGUACUAGGCUUCAUUUUAGUGGGGAGCAGCUUUGCAGAAAUGAAAAGGAUUGUGAGAUUAUUUUGAAUAAGGUUUAGGUGGCUAGUGAAGGUUAGAUUUUCAACAGAAAUUUCUAGCUAAAGUUACAUUAGUUUUUGUAUUUUUCCUGGCCUGUUUGACUGAGUCACACUCAUUCGGGUGUGGUUUUAAAGAUCUUUUCCCUUACACAAGUUACACAUCAACAUUGUCUAAGACUUAAAAAAUGAUGAUGCCAAAAGUGGUAUUCACAUGGGGAUUGGGAGUUUCUUAGGUGGCAGUUGGAGUUCAAAUAGAUGUCCAUGCAUUGCCAAUAAACCACUUUCUUAUAAACCACUGAGUAUUUAUUAUUUGUUUCCAGCCACAUGGCAAGAGGCAGCUUCUAUGGUGUUCAUGUUUAGUAAAAUUGCCAAUUUUGUACUUUUUGCAAGAUCAGACCUCAGGCUUGGUCUUUUAUACCUUAUCCUUUGUUUAGGUGAGUAUCUACAUCAAUGAGCUUCAGUUAAUGGGGACUGGAGGGGCAAAACAAAAUCUUCUACUUGCCUAAACUAAAUUUUAUUAAACCCACAAAAAUGCUAAGCCAAAUGUCAAGAAAGAAAGCAAUUUGGGGAAUACCAAGAAUCAAAAUGACCAGUGUGCAUGUGCAAUAUAACCAUAGCCGUUCAUACCGUAACAUCUUUUUACUUGAAUCUCCUCUCUUCUGGAAUACGCACACAACUCCUUUGUAGCCUGCGACACAGACAGUCUAAAUCCUAUAGACAGACGGACUAUAUCAACUUCUCUAUCUGGGUCUUGGGCAACAAGUCCAGCUGUAACACAGGCAACUUUCUUGGUAAAUCUACCAAAAAAAAUACUAGUCAAAAUUUCCUAACCCCCAAAAAAUCCCAGAAUUAUUGAUUUCAAACCCCCCAAAAUCUUAAAUUUGGAUUAGCCAUUGAUGCAGGCAUAUAUUUUAAAAGGGAUUUGUGAGGGACUGCUGUUAUAAGAAGUUUAACGUAUUUUCUUGUUGUAUUUUCAGUUCUUUUUUUGUUAUUUCCUGAGCCAUCUUACAGUGGUCCAGAUGAGGUACACUUCUUUAGAGGCCCUGCUCUUGAUGUAAGCAAGCAUUUUAUUUAUUUGUUUAUUUAUUUACUGAUUUAGUAAGCAUAACAUAUACAAGGCAAAGUUGCUGCCUAAAGAGCGCCUGGUUGCCAGAGGCUCCUACGAUUUGUUCGUGGGUGACUAAAAUUUAAAACAAGGAGCCCGUAUGGGUGCUUAAUGCUUAUGAUUUUUACAGCAAUGGCCUCUAUUCCAGCUUCCAAUUAAGGAACUGCUCAUUUUUUGAACAAGUGAACGCCGCUAAAGGAGUAGCCUUAUGACAUGUUGGACAACUUUGUUAUGAUAAAGUGGAUAACCACUAUUGACUAUCCUUUUCCCUCAACAAGGUUAAUAGAUAUAGUCAUAUCAACUCAAACAAAAAAAAAGAGAUACACUGCCCUAGUGUGAGUUUGACAAAGUGGAGACUCAGAACAAUUCAACUAACCUUAACAGUUUGUGAACAUAAUGGUGGGAUGAUGUUCAACCGUACAUCUGGAUCUCUGCUAAACACCCCUUCUCUGCAAUGUGUACUUUUUUGUGCUGGCAGACAGUCUGUAAACUUAAUGAAAAGGGUAAUUUUCCUUUGGCUGAGUGUAACAAAAUAAGUGGAAAAUGUUUUCUCACACACUGCUGGGGGCCUGGGUAUAGGUUGUGUGACCAAAAGGCGGGCAGUUGCUUUUGUUGUGUCCACCAUUACUGACCUUCCCACCCACCCACCCUAAGAUUUCAGUUUUGUAGACUGUUUAAAUGUAACGUGCGACUUUGUAAUUUUGUUAGUGUUCACCUUUCUAGGAGUAUGUUAUGUGUAAAUUUUUAUGAACUUGGAAUAAAUGUCAGGAUACCAGUGAUGCCAACUCUCCCGCUUUUGGCCGGAGACUUACCCUUUUUUGCCUCGUCUCCUGCUCUCCCGCUUUGGUACAUAAAUCUCCCGCUCAUGUAAGACGUCAUAUAAUGUCCUAAGUCAUUCCCAUUGGGCGCUGGGGGCUGGGGGCUGGGGGAACUUUAUUUAGAGAUUGUGAGACUUGACAGUUCCAAGAACUUAUAAACCUUUGGCCCCGGCAGUUUUUGCUGUCCAUGGCUGUGGUGUGUGAGAACUUUAUUUAGAGAUUGUGAGACUUGACAGUUCCAUGAACUUAAAACCUUUGGCCCUUUUAGUAUCCACCUACGAACAGGACACUCUUCCCAGGUCAAAUUAAAAUCGAGAGUGAGGGGAAUGGGACUUGAUUUGGGAAGUGAGUACCCUUGCAUCUGUGGCAGCCUCACUCUCUCUCUUGUUUAGAGAUUAAAAUCUCUCAAUGACCACAAUGGCAGUGUGUGUCUGCCUAAAUGGUCCCAAAAUUGUCCCUGUUGUAAAAUACAGAAAAACAAAUAAUACCAUGUGAAAGCACUGCUAGAAAGGUUUCAUUGGAAUGGUGACACCAUAGGAUGUCAUCCACAGACUCAAAAGUUAGAACCACCUUGUACAGCAUAAUAAACAGUACCAAAGGAAAGUACUGCUCAGUAGCUUUCAUUUGAAUGGUCACAUCAUAGGAUUUCAUCCACAGACUCAAAAGUUAGAACCACCUUGUACAGCAUAAUAAACAGUACCACAGGAAAGUACUGCUCAGUAGCUUUCAUUUGAAUGGUCACACCAUAGGAUUUCAUCCACAGACUCAAAAGUUAGAACCACCUUGUACAGCAUAAUAAACAGUACCACAGGAAAGUGCUGCUCAGUAGCUUUCAUUAGAAUGGUCACACCAUAGUAUUUCAUACACAGACUCAAAAGUUAGAACCACCGUACAAAACCCCUUCAUCCACUCUAUGGGUAAGAAAAUUAAAAUUUUGAAAAUUCGAAUAACACUUCCCUUUUCUUCCAAUUCCAGGAUGCUUUACGAGAGGACCCAUCUGUCACGUGGCUGGUUGAAUUUUAUGCUCCUUGGUGUCCUCCUUGUGUGAGAUUUGCUCCAACGUUUGCAGAACUUUCUCUGAGGUAAUACAUUUAUACAGACACUGGUCUGUUUAACGAAGAUUUAUCGAUUGAUAGACGAUCCCGUUCCCGUUGUUGUCGUAGUAGCUUCGUAAAGUUCUUGGUGGCCGACUAAAAUUUUCUAUUUUCCGAGGAAAUCAGCUGAGGAAAUCUUACCUGCGUUCGGACAAAUUAAAGAAAUACAAAUUCUGCAAAAACGUUUAUAUUCGAAAUCUUUUCUGGUUUGUGCUACUAUUAUUUGCGGGCCUCAUUUUUUGUUAUUUUUUAUCUUUUUGACAGAUACAACCACAGCUAUCUUAGAUUUGGAAAGCUUGAUGUAGGAAAGUAUCCUAUCGUUGCAGAAAAGUAAGAGAAUAAUCUUAAAACAGUGAUGUUUAAAACAUAUCUUCAAAGACUACGGGUUUUCCAGUCUUUGGUGACUAUUGGAGGGCGACCGGUGAACGAAAAUUUUAUUCUAAUCGAUCGGAACAACUAGUCUUAACAUACUGAAAGAGGAAGCUAUCCACGUAGAAAGCUUUAAAAUCGAUAAAUAAUGUUUUAAAGUCACGUUUACGACAAACAGAAAACGGCAGUUUGUAACGCUUGACCAAGUCUUUCUCUUUAAUGUCCUUGUCUCAAACGAAGGUUUGGCUUUCUCAAAAUGAUCGAUAGUUCUUGAACAAAGUCGAAACAAAAGUGUGCAGGAUGUAACGGAGGAUUUGAUUUCCAAACUUUCACAUUAGUGAUAUACUCAUCCUGCUCUCACUUACGAUUAUUUUUAAGUUAGAACAGCCUUCUUCUCCCCCCAAGGCGUAGAAACAAAGAUUCUUGCGACUUCUUCCGAAAAUUCCUGUUUUUUGGUUUGUUAUUCCUCCCUUGCUUUUGGAUUUCAGACACAAAGUGGACAGUUCUGCGGUUUCUAAACAGCUUCCAAGUUUAGUUCUGUAUGAAGGAGGAAAAGAGACCAAGCGAAGGCCACUGGUCGAUAGAAGAGCUGUUGUCACUCCGUACACUUUUACUGAGGUGUGUAUGUAUGUUUUGAAGGCAUUUUUUUCCAGUGCAAAUUUUUAGGGGGUAAACAAGGUGUAUUAUGGGUACAACAACAACUUUGCACGUGCAUCACGCUUUUUUGUACAUUUCUUUACCGUCACUACACGACUACAAUCUUCAAUUUUUUUUUUUUAUGGAGGACGUAAACAAGCGACGACAAAUUUUACCUCUCUUUGAAUUCCUAGGAAUUCAACUCCCGGAGAGUUGGCCUACAUUUGACGAAGUUAGUGAGUUGAAUAAUCGCGAAGAAGAUUGAAAGAGCCCUAAUUCCCUUUUAAAGCGACGUUUUCGCAGAAUUUGCAUGCAAAAAGAUUUUAGUUCCCAGCGGUCGAGGGAAACGUUUUUGUACUUGACAACAGAAUAGAAUAGACAGAAUAGUUAAAUAUACUAGAUACGCGUAUACUAGAACAAAUUUACAAUCCAAUCGAUAGUUUCCUGCCGUCCAUGGGCGAAGACUAACUACACUCUCACUGUCGAUCUGUGUAGUUGCAAGGCUAUCUUCACGCUAUGUAGUAUAGCUUUUUCGCUGCCUCGAAAAUCAUAUCGGGUGAGGCUUCUGUUGACACAAUACAAGCAAGAAAAGUUGUGGCGGUGCGAAUUCUGUGACGGAGUGUUUCUCUAAAGCAGAGAUACGGCUUUUCGUGGCGCUACGAAAAGCCGUAUCCGGCAUAGUGCCUUUGGGUGAACGUGCCUAAAUUACGCCGUUCCUGUUUUCAACAGGUUAACAUCGAGCGAGAUUUCAAUUUACGAGAACUGAAGAAAGCUGCUGAAGAGAAGCAGAAAGUUCGAGAAAAGAACGCAAAGAAAGAAAAAAACAAGUCCGAAUAACAAAGACGAGAGAUUUAUGUGAGCGGUGAGGGAUUUAUUCACCAGAACAAGGGGCAUUCAUGCCAAGAGGUUCUUCAGUUAAGAAAGACAAUAUUACUGAAUCACAGACAGUGGCCACCAUUGGAAAAGGCUUCAAUUUGACAAUUUUUUUAUUCAUCAGCUGGCGAGGAAAUUGCACAAUUUACAGCAACACCGGGAAAUAUUGUAUAUUAUAUAGUUGGCCGGUCGAUUUGCCUACAUGACUACGACGUUUUGGACGAUUUUGCUUUUAUUUACGCAGUUAGUUUUAAGUUGAUAGAAUAAAACUUGUUUUGCUCUAUC